CGCAGAGGAUUGUGGGUGGAAAACUGGAGAAUCAAAAUGGCGGCGCCCUGUUCCAGGAUGGUGAAUCGUUCUUUAUUUCGGCAAUUUAUGACACAUGUCAGACGGACAGGGCUCAAACAUGCAGGAGUUCGUCUGAUGUCUCUUAGUUGUGUUUGUCGAACUGCGACUCGGAGCCAAAGUAAACCGGGAAGCGUCGCGUCGCCGUGGAAGCUGUACGGGGCGGUGUGUCUCCAGAGGCUGCCGGUCAUAUCGCAGGAGCGGAACCCGGUCGAGGACCGAUUCGCUGAGCUCAUGCAUCAGAUGGAGCUGGAGAGGAGCUUGCUGUCGGAACAUGAGCAGAGGCUCCUCGAGGAAGCGGAGCGCGUGAGACGUAAACAGGCGGACAACUACGAUUCAGACGAGGAGGAGGCAGACUACGGUGGCCAGGAGACCAUCACAGCUCAGGACCAGGAGGACACCUGGGAACAGAAUCUCAAACACUUCCAACCUGCUCUCAGAGACAGAGAUGUAGGUGUUCCAGCGCUGGGCUCAGUGGAGAGGUGUCUAGGAGACAGCCUGGUCCUGCUGGUACAGCAGACUGUCGCUAAAGGAAACAUCUGGCUGCUCCCUCAGGCCCAGUGGGAGGCAGGGGAGACUCUCCGACAGACAGCGGAGAGAGGCCUCGCCAGCCUGCCAGAGGCUGAUUUCAAGGCUACAUUCCUUGGCAACACCCCCUGUGGAGUGUACAAGUACAAAUUCCCCAAAGACGUCCAGACGGAGGGUUGCGUCGGAGCCAAAGUGUUCUUUUUCAAAGCUUUACUGUCCGCUGGUUCAGCCGGUCAGAAAGAACCUUUCCUGUGGGCGAAGAAGACUGAACUGCAGGGUUACCUGAAGCCAGCGUACCUGGAGAAGGUUAACCGCUUCAUACUCGACCUGUGAUGAGAUCUGAUGGAGAAGAUGUCAUGUUUUCUGUCACGGCAACUGUUGUUUUCUCCGCUCGUUCACUUUGUGUAUAAGAGAGCAUGAUUAAAGUGUAUAAUUUUUGUUCCAACAUAUUAAACCAUUCAGAGUGUU